AUGGAGAUCUACUGAUGGCUAGAUAGUUAGCAGUUCUGCUCAAUAAAUAAACUGUUUAGGGGUUUAGUGAUCACCAUUUCAAGAUGUUUUAUUAACUGCUACCACCGUUUCUAAACCCAGAGGCCCAACAUCGUCAGACUUCCGGGAACGCUUGCGAAGCAAGAUAUGGCAGACCGGGGUAUGAGAAGUCAAUGAGAGAAGUGAAAUAUUCCUCCUUAGUUGUGCAUUAUCUCGAUUUCUAAAGGCACAGCCUAGAUUCAAACCAAUGUUUUAAGCAGGUGAACAUGUCAUUAGUACAACCUCAUGAAAGUGGCAAACUGACACUACUUUAUAUCAAAGGAGUGCCUAAGAGUUGACGGCUUGCACAUGCGCAGUUCGGCGGGAGACGACUGACCUUAUAAAGCCACACAGUGGAGGUGUCACAAUACCCAUAAAACAUAGCAGUCAAACAGGAAAGGGGUUCCAAUCGUUUUUCCACAACACAUUUUUCCCAUCGGGAAUUUUAGAAACACUUAAAAUAAGGGCUGUGUUUCAUGUAGGCUUACCCUCGCGUGACGUUUUGAUACCCAUGUAAAUAUCUCUCGGACAAGGUGACUUAACAAUAUAUUUGCCUGUAUUUACACCCCAACAAUGAAAUUAGCUGCCAAUGUGGUUAUCAUAAAGAACUACAAAUGCCAUGAUGAUCUGGAGGAGACUGACGAAUCGAGGCAAAGACUCCCUGCAGCUCUCUCUCGCUGUCUCUGAAGAGGAGGUUCUCCCUGAUCAGCAGCACUGUGAGCAGGAGUGGAGCCCCAGUCUGGGGCAGGAGAACCCAGAGUUUCCACAGAUUAAAGAGGAACAAGAGGAACUCAGGACCACUCAGGAAGAAGAGCAGCUUCAAGGGCUUGAGGCUGAUAUCAUAGAGUUCAAAUUCACUCCUUCCUGUGUGAAAAGUGAAUGUGAUCAGGAGGACCCACUUCAGUCCUUGACUCUUCCCCAAACCCAGACUGUGGAGAACAGAGAGAGGGACCCUAAACAAGUGGAUCUCACACCUUUUGUUGCUGUGACCCACCUUAAGGGUCUCUACAUUCCCUGUGACCCUCCAGGUAAUCAAAACAAUGCCUCCAGCCACAGCUCAGCUGUAAGCAGUGACCCAGUAGGACUUGACAGCAGCCCACCAUUGGAUCCCAGCCCAUCAUUGGGGGAACACUGUUUCAAACCCAGCACCAUGUCUAGAAAAACUCACCGCUGCCGUGACUGUGGUGAAAUGUUUGUUCUGAAAACGGACUUGCAGAGGCAUGUGACUCUCCCCAUGCAGAGACCCAAUGAAUGCCGCUUCUGCAAAAAACGCUACAACUCCACCUGUAAACUGAAGGCCCAUGUCCGACUCUGUCGCGGUAGGAAACCCUGCACCUGCCCUAUUUGUAGCAAGACCGUCAAACUCAAAGGAGAUCUGUCCAAGCACAUGAGGAUUCACACAGGGGAGAAAUCAUACAGUUGUGGUUACUGUGGGAAGCACUUCAAUCGCAAGGGGAACCUAACCGAUCAUAUUCCGAUUCACACAGGAGAGAAAGCAUUUAGCUGUGGUGACUGCGGGAAAAGAUUCAGUCAGAAGGGGACCCUAAGGAAGCAUAAACUGACUCACAGAGGAGAGAAACCAUUUAUCUGUGGAGACUGUGGGAAAAGCUUCUAUCAGAAGGGGGACCUAAGUAGGCAUAUACGGACUCACACAGGAGAGAAACUCUUUAUCUGUGGUGAUUGUGGGAAAAGCUUCAAUUUGAAGGGGAACCUAAAGAAGCAUGAACUGACUCACACAGAAGAUAAACCAUUUAGCUGUGAUGAUUGUGGGAAAAGCUUCAAUCACAAGUCUAACUUACUGACGCAUGUGAAAAACAGCCACAAAGGAGGAAAACAGGAUGAAAACUGAAAGAAAUAAAAAUUAGGACAAAGAUCUAUUUAGUCACAAGAUGAGAAUAAAAAGGCAGGAUGUGGACAAUACUCUGAGUACACGCUCAUAGACUCACAUCCAGUGGUUGGUGGAGGAUGAUAAGAUGAUACCUCUCCCAGGGACCUGCUCUCCAUGCUUCAGGAUGAUAGUUUCUCUGGUCCCUGAUCUGUUCUAUUCAUAAACUGCUGUUUCUCUCCACAGGUGCUCUCUGCUACUCUCUGGUCUACAUGGAGGGCCUAUCUACUUUACAUCUGUCUGGAGGGGGAGAUAGAGAUCACAGAAUGAGGUUUCUAGUCUCCCAACACUCUCAGAGGCUUUUUAGAGGAAAAUACUGCCUUUUCAGGUCAUGUCACAAGUCUGACAGUGGCACUUCUAAUGAACUCGGUGCUGACACUUUUCCUUUCUAACCACUAGAUGGCACUGUUGGAGAUGUGAUCCCUAUCACAGUGUCUGUUUUAAACACUGUGUUCUUGCCCAUUUACUAAACCCUGUCUUAGUUACCCAUUACUAAACACAUUUAAACAACACACACACUGUAUUACAGCUACACAGGACCAUGCUAAACUGAACCAGACAUGACUGACCUGUCUUGGACUGGACUGACCAUAAGGGGAUGUCAUAGAAUAGAUGGUGUGUACUGUGGGGUCAGAGGUGACUGUAAAUCAGGAUUAGGUUCACAACACCAGGAGGAUCAAAGUAAACAGGUGUGUGUUAUCCAGAUUUAUCCCAAUGUGGAGGAGUGGGACUUUAACUGUAUGCAUUGAUCUACUACAAUAGAAAGAGGUGUAGAUGAUAUAUCUGCUUAAAUGCUCCCCAAAGGAGGACAUCUUUUCAUUCUAUACAUACAGACUUCUAGACUAAUGAAUGUUGAAUAGAUCAAACUAAACCCAUGUUUGCUCCUCAGUGUCCCUCUGCUUAAGAGGUGUCUGCAUGACAUCCUACUAUAGCAAAAGGAGAUCGGCUAGCUGGCCAGUGAAGUGGAUCUAUUACACUAACAAGGAUCCUUUCAGUAGGCUACAACAACAUGAGAAGUGAGAAUGGGAAUUGUAUUUCUAAUCUCUAUCCCUCCCUGUGUGUAGCGAGUUUAGAAAGGGUGAGUGGAACAGAGUUAAAAAUGUACCGUAAACUCACUCCACAGCAAGCUUGAAAUGUCACCGCUGGAGCUAUCAAGAUUAGAUAUUAGAUAUUUCUCCAUAGCUCAACAAGUUGGUACAUUGUCAAGGAGUUGGGUCACGUGUGUUUGCGAGCAGAGGAUCACUUGUUCGAGCCCGAUAUACGGACAGUGGAGGAAGCUAUACUGUUAACAGAACACUGAUGUCCAUUUCACUCAACAGGAUACUAGGAGAUGUAGGAGAGAGAAACAGGAGAGUGUACAACUGAAUGCUGAGAGGGCACUGUUGUGACUAUCUCUCUGCUGUGCUACUUUGUCCUGUUUUGAGACUGUCUGGCAACAUAUUGUCAUCAAUACUUUACUCGCAACUAAACAAACGACCCAAGUGGUGGUGACGGAGAGUAGAAGAGUGUCUUCUCUUUUCAAUCCUCUCUCUCUCUGAGAACUGAUACCAAUUACACAUAUCAGUCGCUAGGUGGCAGCACUUCACUGUUCCAAUCAGAAUGCAAGGAGCCUUGGAAUGAAUACUACCUUUGAAGAAACGGAAAUAUCCAUGGAUGAAUGUAAUGUAAUUCUGUAAUGACGUGGGUUAGUUAUUGCAGCACUCACAUUACUACUGACUUUUCUGUUGUGAUACGCAUCAUAAUUUUCUGUUGUGACACACUUCAUCAUUGUGUUGUCCUUGUUCUGUUUUAGCUCUUCUUUACACCUCUGUGGAUGAUAAGCCUGGUACAUAAGUCAUGGAAACAGGACUGAAGUUUGUUGACACUCAAAGUUAGCGUCACAUACACACACCUGUCCCACUACAUUAACAGACCUAUGCUUUAUACAACCAGUCAACCCAGCUGUGGAUUUCAGAAAAAUUAUUUUUUUAAACGUUCUAUGUAAGUAAAGUUGAUUUGAUUCAAAUGAUGUUAUAGUCAGAGACAUUGAAAAUAUAUGCUUUCCAGAAAAUAUCUCCUUCCAUUUGUUCAAGAGUAUUUAUCAUCCAUUUUGUCCUAAUGCUGCUCAAGUAAUGAUCUACAGUCGACUCCUGAUACGUGCAUUUUGUACAUGUGCAAACUCUGUUUUAAGUGCAUUACAGUGUUUUUUCAGCCCCCUUUCAAUCUUUAUAAUUUAUUUUGAUAACUGCGUUCUUCGGUUUAGUGCAUGCUGUCCCAACAGUCCCAAGCUGUUGCGGGUCUUUCAAUUAAAUUCAUGCAAGAAAUUAUCAUCCUAGAUCACUCUAUUAUUUAAUAUAACUGUUGUGCCCUUGAGCAAGGCACUUAACUCUAAUUGCUCCUGUAAAUCUCUCUGGAUAAGAGCGUCUGCUAAAUCAAAUGUUUCGUGUUUCCCAAUAUGUAAUUCUCUGUUUUCAUCUGUA